CACAAAACUGGUUCGUUUUAGAGAACUGAAACCCGAAAUCAAAAACAACAACACACACCAUUCCUCAGAGCGAUCGGUGACGGCGACGAUGGAGACGUAGCAAGAACGAAGAUGGUGAUGUAACAGCAUGACCUCCUCGACAUGAAACUCUACAAAAGCUGAGAGUGUCACUGCCUAGUGAAGAGGCAUCAGAAGAGUCUUAAAAGAAGCUGAAGAGGAGAAAGAAAGAAAGAAGAGAAAAUGCCGAGGCCUGGUCCAAGACCUUACGAGUGUGUAAAACGAGCUUGGCAUAGCGAUCGUCACCAACCUAUAAGAGGCUCCAUUAUCCGUCAGAUUUUCAGGCUCGCCAUGGAAGCACACAGUGCAGCGACGAGGAAGAACAAGGAGUGGCAGGAGAAGCUCCCUGUAGUUGUCUUGAAAGCUGAGGAAAUCAUGUACUCUAAAGCCAAUUCAGAGGAAGAGUAUACAGAUGCAGAUACUAUGUGGAAUAGGGUUAAUGAUGCGAUUGACACCAUUAUUAGGAGAGAUGAAAGCACAGAGACUGGUCCUCUUUUGCCUCCUUGUGUUGAAGCUGCUCUUAACCUGGGAUGUAUUGCUGUAAGAGCUUCAAGAAGCCAACGACAUAGUAGCGUAAGGACUUACCUCGGUCCCAAAAUCCAGGAAUCGGUUUCUGCGUCACCUAAUGAACCGUCGUACCAUCAUCAUGACUAUCAUCAUCAUCAAGCUCAAAAGUCAGCCAAACCAAGCCAUACCAGUCAAGCUUCAAUCCCAGUGGAUGUACUUGAUGACAGCAGCAAGACUGUAGCUGCUCCUCCUCCUCGUGGUUACCCAUUUCUACAUGAAUCUAUGCAGAUGCAUCAGAAGCCAUUAGCAAGAAAACUAGUGACUAGCACUUCUCCAGCUCCAGAACCAGCACCAGGUCCGAUCAACUUUGGUUCGGUCUAUCCUUUGUAUUACGGAGGCAAUAAUAAUCAGACUCAGCAAGUGGUUAGAGUCCCUGAAACGCCCAUAAUCAUUGGCAUGCCUGUUGGUAUAAAGGCCCCUGAAGAAGCAACAGAGAGUCUCUGCGAUUUAUCAUUGAGGCUUGGUAUAUCAUCAGAACCACAACCCUCCUCGACAAGAAUAGAUAUCGGGUCUAGUCGGGCUUACAGAGGAAGAAACCAAGAAGAGCUAUGUUUAUUCUCUGAGGUGAAGAAGAAGAAUGAUAUGUUUGAUUGGUUUUCAAAUUAUGAAGGUCAGAAUUCAGAUUCGAGAGUUAAAAAGCACAAAACGUUUUGUGGAGACUCCAUCUAGGAUUUGCUUAGAUUUUUUUUUGCUUUUUUAACUCAAAUCUUGUAAAAGCCUUCAGGUCUAUUGGUUAAUAUUAUUGAGUCUACUAGUCCAGCAAGAUCGAUUAUUAAAUCUACUUUGCAUUGAUGAACCAAAAAGAUACUGAAGUUUCUCUGUUAACAUCGAU